AUGUACGAAGGGAUUGACAACCUGAAAUCCCUUUACGACCGUGCCGGGAAGACUUUCUCCGGCGGUCCUUCUGCGGCACAGGAUGUGUCGCGUCGUACUGCUCGACCAGACCCAGUACGUCAACCAUCAAUUGGGAGCGGGGCUCCCAAGAAUCCCAGGACGGGGGAUAGCCGCGCCACCGGACGAGGUAACUCGUCCGACGUCCGUUCACGUCGCGGUGGUUCAACAGCUGCUCUACUAGAUAGCGCUGGCCACCGCGAGAGUCCUCUAAUGGAGGUGGAGGAGGAGGAAAGACGCUCUCCACACGAUCAUGUGGAUCGGUGUGUUCCCGAGAGCUUCUUUGAUCGCGUAACGCAAGGGUUACGCGACGAUCUCGAGCAUGAGCGGAAUAGGCGUCUCCAGAUGGUGGACACUGCCUCGAAGCAUCGAGCUGAGUUUGCCUUUGCUCAGCUUGAGAACGAGAGAUCUCUGACAUCUCUUCGUGACGAGCUAAGGGUAGCUCGUGGGAUUGUUGAUCGGUCUCGGGCUGAGAUAACUGCUCUUCAGACCCUUGUUGAUGCCCACCAUCGGGAGCACAAGGCUCUCUGCGAGAUGCUUGAGCGCAAGGGCGUUCUUCAUCGGAAGAAGCAGCGUACUGAUGGUACGGCUUAA